CCUCAUCCUAGUCACUACUCGAAUGCCAUCUUUACGUUUAAAACAAUUAUGGCCACACUAACGAUAUACCUAUGUUUGUUUGCUAGUAUAAUAAGGAUAUGUCUCUAUUUGCUAUCACUUCAGCCUUUUCUGAAGACAAUGUUACCGCUAUAUCUUCCAAUCAAUUGAUACCACUAAAUGAUAAAAUCAUUGCUAAUCUUAUAAGAUCACCAAACACUCAGACAAAAAGUUUGAAUCUUGCUUCUUCGUUUCUCCACUCUUUAUCCGCUUAUAAAUACUCUUAUUCUCUCCUCUUAACAUCCUCAUCAAACCAUUUAGCCUCUCCACACUCACAAAGGGCUCACAAGUCUCAAGUAAUUCUCUUUCUCUCUCUCAAGCACAAACACACACAAAUGUAUAAACAAACCCACCAUUUUUGCUUUCAAAUGUUAGUUGUUCACUAUGUCUCAUUUACAUUAAACUCUCUUUUUCUUUUUCCCAAAAGUUGUUCACCAAAACCAAUUGAUUAGCUCUCAUUCUCAUAAAAAAAACAAAACUUUACAACAAUUACUAACCUUUCACAUGCACCCAUUUAUUUACCAAACUACGAAAAAAGAUACAACCUUUUAUAUCUCUCUCUUUAACUAACUUAAGGAACUAACCAUUCUCUCUUCCUUUUUUUUUUUCAGAUACAAAACAAUGAAGAACAUACUAGCUUGCAUAGUUACCAUCAUAACCCUCUCAAACCUCAUAACCAUUUCUCAAGGAAGAAGGGUAUCACAGUCAUUUGAAACAUUUGAGUACACAGCAAUUAUUUGCAGAUCCCACAGUGCCUCCAUAACAGAGUACGGUGGUGUAGGAGACGGCAAGACGCUAAACACAAAGGCCUUCCAGAGCGCCGUUGAUCAUCUCAGCCAAUACUCAUCUGAAGGCGGAGCACAGCUCUUUGUACCCGCCGGGAAAUGGCUCACCGGAAGUUUCAACCUCACAAGCCAUUUCACUCUGUUUCUUCACAAAGACGCAAUUCUUCUCGCUGCUCAAGACUUAAACGAAUACCCAAUUCUAAAGGCUUUGCCUUCGUACGGACGAGGACGUGACGCCGCCGGUGGAAGAUUCGCUAGUCUCAUCUUCGGCACUAAUCUCUCCGACGUAAUUAUCACCGGGAACAACGGCACAAUCGACGGUCAAGGAUCGUUUUGGUGGCAAAAGUUCCACGGUGGCAAGCUAAAAUACACUCGCCCGUACCUGAUUGAGUUAAUGUUCUCAGAUACAAUUCAGAUUUCAAAUCUAACGUUCCUUGAUUCUCCAUCGUGGAACAUCCACCCAGUGUAUAGUAGCAAUAUCAUCGUAAAAGGCGUUACGAUCAUCGCCCCGGUAAAAUCUCCGAACACCGACGGAAUCAAUCCAGAUUCUUGCACGAACACGAGGAUCGAAGACUGUUACAUCAUAUCCGGCGACGAUUGCAUCGCCGUGAAAAGCGGAUGGGACGAAUACGGAAUCUCAUUCGGAAUGCCGACGAAGCACCUCGUGAUCCGUAGAUUAACCUGUAUCUCACCGUACAGCGCCGCGAUCGCUCUCGGAAGCGAAAUGUCCGGCGGAAUCGAAGACGUGAGAGCGGAAGAUAUCACCGCAUACCAAACAGAAUCCGGCGUACGGAUAAAAACCGCCGUAGGAAGAGGAGCUUUCGUGAAGAACAUAUACGUAAAAGGAAUGAAUCUACACACGAUGAAAUGGGUUUUUUGGAUGACCGGAAAUUACAAAGCUCAUGCUGAUUCUCAUUACGAUCCUCACGCUCUACCGGAGAUAACCGGGAUUAAUUACAGAGAUAUUGUAGCUGAGAAUGUUUCUAUGGCUGGAAGGUUAGAGGGAAUCUCUGGAGAUCCUUUUACUGGGAUUUGUAUUUCGAAUGCAACGAUUUCUAUGGCGGCUAAGCAUAAGAAAGCGAUUUGGAUGUGUAGUGAUGUUGAAGGAGUUACGAGUGGUGUUGAUCCUAAGCCUUGUGAUUUGCUUGAUGGACAAGAAUCAGAGACGACGAAGAAGAAGAUGAUUGACGGUGGAUGUGAUUUUCCUACUGAUGUGUUGGAGAUUGAUAAUGUUGAGCUUAAGACUUGUAGUUAUCAAAUGAGUUAGCAAAGUUGUAGUCUUUUUCUUUGACCUAAUUUCAUAUUUACGAAAAUUUCUCUGCAGGGAUUAUCUGUGAUUUUGGUUAACCAAUCUGUGAGAAGAAGUAUAAGUUAUCGAUAGAAAGUGAACAAAUCCAUGUGAGAUUGGGAGAUGAAACAGAGAAGCUGAGACAAUGAUUACUUGUUCAUAAAGAAACUGAAUCAGACCAGACUCUUUAGAAGUUUUCUCUUGGAUUGUUCUAUAUGCCUCUCUUUCUCAUGUCAUGGAGGAAAAUGGAAAUGUUGAACCUUUUCCUGCAACAGAGUUGAUCAAAUCUCAUUUUAAUGGGUCUCUAAAGAC